UUCCAACUAGGACAGUGAGAAUUAAAUUCGGAAUUAGAUUUGGGGUUUUGCAGAACUCUGAUUCUAUACAUCCGCUUGAUUGAAAAUGGCGUCGCCCACUGAGAAGCCUCCUGCUACAACUGUUGCUGACGUCCGCAAAAGGAAGAGGAUGAUGAAUGAGCAAGACCCUGGGGAUCACCCCGGCAAGAAACUUGCUGCCGAGGUUGUGCCUACUAGUACUAACAUUGUUUCUUCAUCGUCUUUGUCCUACCCUUUGCCUGAGGCUGAGUAUAUUCAUGUUCUUCAAAACGCUCAUGUUUUUCACGAGAAGCUUCAUAAUUUUCACUCAGCUUUCGGCUCUAAAUUUAAGAUCCCUACCAUUGGAGGAACUGCUUUAGAUUUGCAUCGCCUUUUUGUGGAGGUUACAUCUCGAGGUGGUAUUGAAAAGGUUGUAAAAGAUCGCAAAUGGAAGGAAGUCACAAUGGUUUUCAAAUACCCAUCUACAAUAACAAGUGCAUCUUUUGUCUUAAGGAAGUACUAUCAGUCCCUGCUUUACCAUUUUGAACAGGUUUAUUACUUCCGGAAAAAAACUCCUUCUGUCCUAGCUACCGAUUCUGUAAGCACAAUUGUCAACGGAUCUUCAGCUCAAAAGGACAGUGCUACCGUGCCUCACCUUUCAGAUGGUUCCAACUUGGGGCCUGGUAGCUCAGUGAUCGGAACAAUUGAUGCUAAAUUUGACAGUGGAUAUAUAGUUACUGUGAACUUGGGCUCUGAGCAGUUAAAGGGUGUCAUAUAUCAUACCCCUACAGAAUUACAGAUGUCUCAAAAUUCUAAUAAUGCUACACCCCGUCGCCGAAGCCGGAAUAGGUUUGGAGAUCCCUCCUGGUUCGAGGAAAGUAGUAGUAGUGGGUAUAGCUAUUUCUAUGCUGAGAAUUACAACAGGCUACAACCUAUGUACGACAGGCAGGAGAAGGUCAUGAACAAGAAAAUUUGGCUUCUAUGGAACAAGCUUACAGAGGCUGAGAAACAGGUCUACCAUAACAAAAAAUGAGACGCCAGGAUAUAUGACAGGCAUGGUGUUCAGACUCCCUGAGAAUUGACAAUCUCAAUCGACAAUAGAGACUAGAGACUAGAUAGUAUAUAGGUCAUUAGAUUAACUAUUCUGAAGAUCCACCUUAAAUUUCUUCCUGUUCUGAUAUCUGCUGUUAUCCUUCAUAUGAUAUCUUUGUUUCCAUGUAGAAGUCCUAUUUCUGACUUCAGAGUUGUGGGAAGACAUGGUCAUUGCCUGAGUAACCUAGGUGAUACCUAGUUAUUGACUUUAACUCAACUAAUCCAGGGUUUUACUCAUGAAAUUUGAUA